AGGCCGGACGCCAGCAGCAGCAUGAGUGAGUCAGAGAAGCAGGCAGAGAGCGGAGUGUAUACAGAGAGAGAGGGUGAAAUCUUAAUUAUACGUUCAGAUAAUUGACUUCUGACCAAAUAAUUAGGUGUUCGCUUUUCAGCUUUCUUCACUGGUUUUGUUGUUUUGAAAAAAGAAACCGGAGAUUUGUUUGUAACAGACGUGAUAUUUCUCUCCUCUAUUUAAAAAAGAGACCGUUUGAAAGUUGUUUUAAUUUCAACUUUUGUCUUUUAUUUAAAGUGACCAUGUCAGUGUAGCCAGUAGACAGGAGACUGUUUCUUACUUCACAUCAAUAUGCUGCUGGCUCUGCCUCUGCUUCUGAGUCUUUGCUCUGACGCUCACUCCUCCGAGCCGUCAUCAAUAAUCAUCAAGUACCAGGUUUGGGAGGAGCAGCUGGCGGGGACCCAGGUCGGCCGGCUGUUGGAUGACCUUCGGCAGAGGGAUGAAACUGGUCCCCUGGAGGAUUUCCAGGUGGUGGAACAUGGCAAAACCCUUCCCUUCUCCGUCAGCACUCGAGACGGGGUUGUCUCCACCCAAGGCCGGCUGGACAGGGAGGAGCUGUGCCGGGGGUCUGACCUGUGUGAGGUGGCCUUCAGCGUCCUCUACAAGAAAAAAGGUUCCAUGAACUGCCUGAGGGUUCGUGUGGAGGUGAUGGACCUGAACGACCACAGCCCCAGCUUCCCCAGUCCUCUGCAGGAGGUGGAGAUCUCAGAGACUGCCAGUCUCAGGAUGCGAAUCCCUCUGGACCGGGCGGUUGAUCCUGACGCGGGGCCCAACAGUCUUCAGACCUACUCACUGUCCGUCAACCAGCACUUCGCUCUGGAUGUGACGGUUGGUCCAGAUGGAACAAAACAAGCAGAGUUAGUGGUUAUCAAAGAACUCGACAGGGAGGUUCAAAACUCCUUCGACCUCACCUUGGUGGCGUGGGAUAAAGGGAAUCCCCUUAAAUCUGGGAGCACGUUAGUUCGUGUUAAUAUUCAGGACUCCAAUGACAAUAGCCCCAGGUUUGAGGACAGCACUCCCUCUGUGGAGCUAUCUGAGGACACAGCUCUUGGGACAACCAUCAUCAACCUGAAGGCCACUGAUCUGGACCAGGGUGCCAAUGGGGAAGUGGAGUAUUCGCUCAGUAAACACAAUCGUCUGGAUGUUCAGAAACUUUUCUUUGUGGAUCCACAAAGCGGAGCCGUGAGUCUCAAAGCACAUCUGGACUAUGAGGCUCAGCCCUCUCAUGAAGUGAUUAUACAGGCCCGUGAUCACGGACCCAAUUCUAUCCCCUCGCACUGCAAACUGCACGUCAAGCUCAGGGACAUUAACGAUAAUGCACCAAGGAUACACAUGACCUGGACUCCACCCAACUCCCCUGUGGCGACCGUACUCGAGGGAGCCUCGGUGGACACUUUUCUGGCUCUGGUCAUGGUCUCUGAUGCAGAUUCAGGGGACAAUGGCAAAACGAUAGCAAGUAUACAGCAAGGAUCCGGCCCGUUCCGCCUCAAGAAGAUUCAUGGUGACAACUACAUGAUCGUAACCGACGGCAGCCUGGAUCGAGAGAAGGUUAUGCAGUACAACAUCUCGCUCCUUGCCCAGGAUUAUGGAGACCCACCUCUGUCUUGUGUAAAACAAUUGCCCGUCCGUGUUCUGGAUGAGAAUGACAAUGCCCCGGUGUUCUCCUCCUCUUUUUAUAAGGCCACAGUCAAAGAGAACAGUGACGUAGGCUACCACGCUCUCAAAGUCGAAGCCCACGAUGUCGACCUGGCACUCAGUGGAAGAGUCUCCUAUUUCAUUCACAGCCCCAAAAACCUGGAGAGUGACGAAGACAUGUUCUACAUCUCCUCUAGUGGUGUCAUAAGCAUCCAGCAGCCUCUGGACUAUGAGGAAUCCAAAACCUACACUUUCAUUGUGGCGGCUUCUGACCACGGUCAUCCGCCUCUCACCAGCACCGCUACUGUGCAGAUCGACGUCGAGGAUAUAAACGACAACCAUCCGGUCAUCAAGGAGCCAAAACCUAGAAACGACCUUGUGUCUUUAAGUGUACCUGUCAAUGCAGACAAAGGGGAGGUAGUGACUGAGCUGGGUAACAACAUGGAGGAGGCGUUGGCCGAUUUUACAAUGAAUCACCCUGUCAGAGAGGGAAUCUUUGGAUUUCUUGCAUCAACCAUAAAAGCUGAGGACCCGGACUCAGGACUCAACGGGGAAGUGCAGUACCUCAUUACCCACGGAAACCCGAACGGACUCUUCUGGUUGGACGAGGCUACAGGCCAACUCUUCGUUAACACCACCAACGCUACUGAGCUCAUUGGGAAAAACUUUGAAGUGGGCGUAGCUGUAUCAGACUUGGGUACUCCCAGUCUGACCACUGAAGUGACUCUGGAGGUGACCUUCAUCAACCUCAAGGACCAUUUGAAGAACUCGUCACCUGGUAACCGAGCACAGCUUAGUUUUACCAUGAUGCUAGCGAUCUGCCUGGGUGCUACAUGCCUGCUGCUUCUGUUGGCCAUCGCUUUGGUGACCACGUUCUGCCGCCCCGAGAAACGAGACAACCAUGCUUACAACUGCAGACAGGCUGAAUCGACCUACACCCGCCAUCCUCGGCGGCCGCAGAAGAACAUCAGAAAAUCUGACAUUCAGCUAAUUCCAGUCAUCCGGGGGCGAAAGGAGGAGCCUCUCUCUGAGGACGACAGUGAAUCCCAGCCACUGGCUCCGCCUCCAGAGAUGUCCAAAGAUGUAGAAACUGAGAGGCAGUACACCUUAACGCCGUCAGUCAUGAAUUUAAGCUUCCAUUCCCAAGGCUACCCAGACGGGGAGGCCACUCAACCUGUCACCCACCACUCGAGAACCCUUCGGAAACCUGGGAACAUCGAACUCGAUGGCGCUCUGCCUCUGACUCCCGCCACGUCGUACAGAACUCUUCGGAAAUCCAGGAACACUUCGUCUUCGUCUUCUUCAGUCUCACACUCAAGCACCUUAAAGCGACACGCCAACCUGGAAGGGGAGGAGGCAGAGUCGUCUCGUUCGGGUUCCCAGGCGACUCUCAGAAGGCCGAAGACGUUGGAGGGACGAGGGGGCCACGAGGCAGAGCACCAGCGGAUGCUCCGGAACCUAGUUCGACUCUCCAUGGCUGCAUUCGGAGACUCGAUUGAGCUUUCGUCAGCUUCUCCAGAGGUGCAGCAGAUCUCCCAGCUCCUCUCCCUCCUCCGGCAGGGUCAGCUGCAGCCGAGGCCAAACUUCAGAGGGAAUAAAUAUUCUCAUCGCAACGGCAGGUAUGGAGGACAGGACUGCUCUGAUUGGCAGAGCACCAAAGACAGUGGACACGGCGAGAGCGAGGCCGGAGACAUGGACUGGGAACCGGGAAGAGACUCACCCAUAGACCCACAGCUGGAGGAGGGGCUCAACAACCUGCUCAACCACCCUGUGGAGCUGCACACGACUUAA